AUGUCGGCGGCGCCGCCCUUGGCCUUCCCGCUUGUCAUGGGGCUGGCCGUGCUGCUGCUGGUGGGCUACUUGCUUAGGGCUUUUUUCGUGUCCUACAACUUGCCCGGCCCAGUGGGCGUCCUGCUCAGUGGCUGGCUCUGUGGCAAGCUCGGCCUGAUGCAGACAGAAAUCCUCGAAGGACGCGACCACUUCCAGGAAUGCGCAUUCUUCUUGGUUCUCCUCACCGCUGGCUUCGAGAUCAGUCACAAUACUCCAACAAUUCGUCAUGUGAUCCUGGGCAUUGUCCCCUGCUUCUGUGAGUUCGUGGGCAUCUCCAUCUGGGCGUGCUUCAUGGAGGAGCUGUCUUGCAUCGAAGCCUGUGUGACAGGAGCUGUCCUCUGCGGCUUAGCAGAUGGCAUUGUCAUCCCGAAGAUGAUCGAGAUGGAGGAUCAGAUAUCCUCAGGAAAAGAGCUCACCCGACUCGUCCUUACGACCGCUCCGCUGGAGGCAUCUUUUGUGCUGACACUUUUCGGGCUGCUGUCGGGCUUUGCCGAAGUGUCAAAGUCGAAUUCGGCGGACCCCGCUACAAUUAUCGGUGCCAAUGUUGUUCGCUUGAUCGCGACCGUCGUCACGGGCUUCGCCUUAGGUAAAGUCACGGGCCAGGUGGUGCAGAAACGAAAUGCGUGCCUUGCCCAGUCGGCAGUGCUGCUUGUAUGGAGCCCACAGCAAAGCAACAGGUCCUUUGGCUUCACUUGCAGGAUCGAGGAGACGUAUCUCUUCAUCCUGGCCGUGGCGCUGGCGGGCUUUGGGCUCGGCCUUCCGAAGGAGACGGGCGGCACUCCGCUGGUGCCGAUGGGCUUCGCACCGGGCUCGCUCUUCCAGCCAGAGCUGCUGGUGAUUGUGCUGGGCUGCUCCUUCAGUCAAGCCAACCAGACCGGGCAUCACGCAGACUCCACCAACUUGGCUGCUGUGGUUGGUGGAGUCUGGGUUUUUGGUCAGAUCUUCCUUUUCAGCAUGAUCGGCAGCAAGAUUGAUGUCACAGUCUUCGGGCAAGCCACGCGGGUGCUUCCCAUGCUCGCAAUCGGCCUCGUCUGCCGCUUCUGUGGGAUUUCUCUGGCUAUUCUGGUUUGCCAUUGGCCGGAGCACUUCGGAAGCAGCCCUGGCACCGGCAAGACUGGUUUACAGCCGGUCUUUCACGCUCACAAGAAGAUGCUCUUGUUUUUGUUCCUGUCGUCUCUGCCGCGGGCGUCGCUGCAGGGAGCUCUAGGCUUCGUCCCGAAAAAUGAGCGCUUCUUCCAUUCGGACGUCCUGGCGCCAAACAGGUUCAAGGUGCGCAGCCUCAUUGCUGAUAGCUCGCGGCUGUACAUUAUCUUGAUGUCUGUCGCUGGGUCCAUGCUCCUGCACUUCUUUGGGGCGAAGCUUUUGCAGGAUGAGUGGGAGGAUGUCGCGUUGGAUCCAGAGUCGGGGAAGGAGCAGCCACUUCAGCGAGCCUUGGAGAUGCACGCUGGCUCGCCUGGUUCACAGAGCAGCUUCGCACGCCGGUUGUCCACCUCGCGGAGCGGGUUCAUGCCGGUGGCGGAGGAGACACAGCUCAUCUCAGAGGACCCAGAGCCUGGGAGAAUAUUGUUCAGCCACAGGAGAUUCGGGACUGGGACGUGCUCGUCUCCUCUUUUUGUUGAAGAAGACGAAGAGGGGCUCCGCGCAAUCGAAAGACUGGCAGAGAUGUACGGCUCCUUGGCAAGGAGACAUAGCCAGCGAUUGUACCAAACUUUCGGGCUGCCCGAAAGAGUCAAUCCGCAAUUCUCCGCCUGGCAAAAGUCAUCGACGACGUCUGAGGCUGUGAUGCAGAAGGAGUCCAUGAUGGCCCUGCACCCCCGCUUCUGA